AUGGUUUCAGAGGUAUCUACCUCGACCAUAUCCGCCGUGCCCACUCCUACGAUAUUUACGGUACCACCAGCAUAUUCGGCACCUGCUCCGGUCGAGCCUACGGCGUACCAGGCACCACCGCCACCUGGACCUACCGUAUACUCGACACCAGUGGCACCCGUGCCCCUAGUGCCUACAGCAUAUGCGACACUUGCACCAGCAGCAGCAGUUGCUCCACCUCCGGUACCGCCACCCAUUGUACCUCCUUCCGCGCCCACCUAUGCUGACCCUGCAGUGCCACUAAUGGCACCUGCCUCAGUCUAUGCAGCGGCACCAGGGAUGCCUCCCCCGGCCUAUGCAGCGGUACCACCUGUUAUACCAGCUCCAGUGGUUCCACCAGUUCCUACAGCCGUCCCUACUCCCCUCACUGAUAUAGUCACAACACGAGCUCGGAUCCCAGCGUUGGCACAAUCGAUGAAGAGUCAAUUCACACUCUUCCGAUGA